CUACCAACUGGAAAAUUAAUCUUAGCUUACCUUCUUUUACACCUUUGUCUUUAUAUAGGUUGAGUUAAUAAAUAGGUGAUUUAGUUUUGAUAAUGACUGACUUUACUAACGGUGGAUAAUUCUUUACCUUCUGUGAAGCAAAAUGGAAAGCAAAAGAAAAACAUGAAAAAUGCAGAAUAAGUCUCCUAUCAUAACAGUGCAAGAGCCACCAGAACACAACGAAACCAAAGCAGAGAAGCAAGCAAAGCCAACGAGAGGACGAAAAUCAAUAUCUUUGAAUAGACAGAACACUGAACGUCUGGCACAAAAGAGGAAACAGUUCGAUAUCAAUCGGGUUCCAGACGAAACCAAAAACCUGGAGGACACCGUUUGUAAUAUUGAUACGAACUACCUUUUGGUAUCGCUGGGUUUGUUCAAGUUGCUUCUGGUUGUUCCACUCCUAAUAGUUGGCAUCGUUCUCAUAAGCAUCAGCACCUCCAGGUUAAAAGCUACGGUGCCUACGUCAGAGGGUGAUGACGUCAGAGAUAUGUUUUAUUACGAGAUCGUUCAAAAAGGAACGACAUCUGCAUACAAUAAUGGAAGUCCCACCUCUACCCCUCCUACUUCAACGAGAAGAGGGCUUGGAAACGAUUCCAUUGCUCCUGUAUGGACAGCAGUUAUGAUGGCUGCAUCAGCUGCCACUGACUUUAUAACAGUGUGGAAACGACGAGGCUUCUCGAUCGUCGUUUACAUGCUCGUAUCGACCGUUUCCUUCGUCGCAAGUAUCCUCUGCAUUGAAUACGAUCGAAUAGGAUUAAACAGGAUCACGUCACAGCCGUUUGCUGCAUCUAAUACAGACCUUCAAUUCCGACUCUAUCUUUGCUGUGUCGUAAUCGCGGCGAUAGGUGUCGCUACAGGGCUGCUUACCAUAUACGUUGGUACCCGCAUGGCAGCGCUAGAGCAACGUAGAAUGUACAUGGAGAGAGAGGGACAAGACGCCACCUUACAAAAGAAAGAUAACCCGUUUCCCUUUUGUUUGCACAAAAUAGUUCGUAAAUUGAAUUGCGAAGCGAGCACUGAUUCAAUAACUUCAUUUAACUACGACUCCGAGUCGCUAACGAUUCACAAUGAUGUAACUUCAGACAUUGAAAGCAAGCAUGAAAAUUGAAAAGACGAAUCUUUUAAAGAUUAUCUAAAAACGAAGAUCAACAGUUGACAGUUAAAAAACCACAGAAACUUCAGGAUGAUGCGAAAGCCCUUUAUAUUUGGACUACUUGAACUGUUAUACUGGAACUGUUAAAGCAUCGGUACUGAUUUUAUCAAGAAAAUUUACGUACGAAUACGAGGCCAAUUAAACAUUCUGUCAAUUUUA